GGUGUCCCCUGCCAACUACCCGAUGACAGCUGGGAUAGGCUCCAGCACGCCCGCGACCCCCGUGGGGACAAAGCGGUACAGAAAAUGGAUGGACAAUGUGUUCGGACCUCUGCAGUGGAUGCUCUGCCGAAACCCUGAGACCGACCCACCGCACGCCUAGGGUUCGAUCGAACUCGGGUUAAGAACCACUGCUUUAAAAUAAGUGUAUAGCCUUUUUCACUUAUGUGUUAUUGCAUUCUGCCAUGUGUAGAUAGUCCAUCAUUCCUUCAAUGUCCAGUUAUGUUAUCGUAAACUUUCUAAGGUCAAUUGUAUUGUGUUUCUCAAAAAGAUCAUUUUCAUCUGAUGUUUAAGUGCCAUUUUGUAACAUUAAAACUGACCUCCAAAAUAUGUACACUGUUAAGUUUGUUUACUAUGUGCUGCGAGAGUCCUGGUUCAGAGGCUCGAUGUCGCCCAGGGCGGCAGUCCGGGACGGCCUGACCAGUAUUGCCGACCCCACAAAGUUACUGUUUGGUGACAUGAGCUGUGUCCAAAACCACAGGCUGUAUAAACAAAAGUAUAAAUAUAAACAAAGUACAGUGUUACUUUUCUAAUGAUAGGAUUCAUUUAGGAUAAGUCAGGAAAUGUUCAAGUUGGAAAAAAAUAUUAUGGUAUUUUUCUACAUAUUUUCUAAAUAUGGCCCGCAAGACAACGCAAAGGUUAACUUUUAAUCAUAGCAGAGUUCUCAACAGAAAAUAAACCUUUCGGUAUUGCCUUUCGCUUCUGUUCUUGCCUAUGGACUGAUGAUACUCCAGUCCAGUAGGUGGUGCCAUUACACCUCAACGCUACCAACCCCAUUACACAAGAGGAAGUUGACGCCGCUUUUACCAGUUUUAAAGCUUUUAUCAUAGCUGCCGUCAAAAAUGGAGAAAACGUUUAGUGAGUGUAAGAAGCGGUGUCUCAACAAAUGUGACAUUAGUAAAAAGGGAAAUGUGGAUGAAGACAUUGUUCACUUGGUGUCUUUGCUCAAUAGCUGCGAGGAGUAUUUCACCACUAGUUCAUGCUCAGGACGCAUUACUGUAAUUGACACGGCUCUUGAAAAUGGCGGUGUACAGAAGAAGAACCUUGUCUGGCUGUAUGUCUCACAUACAAAGUGCAAAUUUGAUGAUGUGGUGUCUGCUCUGGCCCGCUCCUGUGGAAGUGCCGUGCUGAAGUUUGAGCCAUUUGUGCUCCAUGUUCAAUGUAGGACACAAGAGGAUGCACGGUUGAUGCUUUCUGCAGCUGUGCAGUCUGGCUUCAGGAACUCCGGUCUCACUUUGGGCAAGACCGGGAAGAUCAUCUUGGCAGUCCGCUGUACCCAUAGCUUGGAGGUUCCGCUCAGUCACCAAGGCAAUCUUUUGGUUUCACAUGAGUAUAUAGAUUUCUUAAUUGGGAUAGCCAAUCAAAAGAUGGAAGCGAAUUUAAGACUAAUUGAAAGGUUUUACCAGAGCAUCCAGACAACUGUGAUGAAAAAAAGCACCGAAAAACUACAAAACAAAAAAGACAAGAAUCAAUCAGUUGUGUCUGAGCAGAGGCAAGAACUAUGAUGUCUAUAUCUGUUUUUCUCCCUGUACAUAAACGAUCUUCCCAAAACAUGCAAUAACGUGAAUUUUCAAAUGUAUGCAGAUGAUGCUGUAAUUUACACUGAUGCAAGGAGCGUUAAAGAGGCAGCUUCUGUUCUGAUAUUAGCCAUGGAGCGAGUAAAUUACUGGCUUUUAAAAUCAUGUUUGCUUCUCAGUUAAAAAAAAAAAAAGUCAGAUUUUUCAA